AUGUCUGGUUUUGCAGGAUUUGGACAGAACAACAAUAACAGCGGUGGAUCAUCGGGUGCAUUCAGCUUUGGUGCUAAACCUGCUGGAGCCAACCCUCCUGCCGGCGGAUCACUAUUCGGCCAACAGCCCGCUUCUACAUCUCAACCUUCCACAUCCCUCUUCGGUGGUGGUGGUUCAUCUUCUACCCCUGCCGCCCAACCUUCAUCAGGCGCAUUUUCAUUCGGCAAUUCCGCAUCAACCACUCAACCCGCAUCAGGAGGGAGCUUAUUCGGCGGAGGAUCGACAACCCCAGCUGCACCAGCAGGAGGAAGUUUAUUUGGCGGAGGAUCGGCUGCUGCUCCUGCUCCAGCCUCUGGUGGAUCAUUGUUUGGUUCUAAGCCAUUAGGAGGAACAGGUACACCUGGAAAUUCAACACCAUCAUUCUCUUUCGGCGGAGCCACCAACACCCAAACAUCGACAUCCACCCCUGCAGCAGCUCCUGCUCCCGCUGCUGGAGGAAGCCUAUUCGGCGGAUUCGGUAGUAGCACAAACAACACUUCUGGAUCAACCACUCCAGCGGCUAAACCUGCUUUUGGUGGGUUCGGAUCGACCACCCCCGCUGCUGCACCACCUGCAUCGAGUGCUCAAGGGGGAUUAUUCGGUUCCAAACCUGCUGCUCCAGGUGGGAGUCUGUUCGGAGGCGGUGCGACCAGUGGAACAACAACGCCCACAACUGCUCCUGCAGCUCCGACUGGUAGUCUGUUUGGUGCUAAACCCGCGGAUACCACGGCUCCCAGUACACCAGCUUCAGGAGGAUUGUUCGGUGCGAAGCCAUCUGAAAGUACCACCCCUGCCGCUGCACCACCACCAGCAGGAGGUUUUUCUUUCGGCUCAAAACCUGCUAAUGCUCCAACAACCUCUCUCUUCGGCUCUGCACCUGCUCCUGCACCUGCAACUUCUACUCCAUCAGACGCAAACAAACCUGCUGCUCCAGCUGGUGGAAGCUUGUUCGGUGGUGGUGCCGGAGGUAGUUUAUUCGGUGCGAAGCCUGCUGAACCACCUAAGACCGAUUCACCUGCUCCUGCGCCUGCUGCUGCACCCGCGUCCGGAAGCCUAUUUGGUGGUUUAGGCGGAGCUGCUAAACCUGCUGAAGCGCCUAAACCUGCUACAGGAGGAUUUUCUUUUGGUAACUUGGGAGGAGCGAAAACCGAUUCUCCUGCCCCAGCAGCUGCUCCCGCUUCGACCACCCCAGCAGCUCCUGAAGCGCCCAAGACUGGCGGUUUCUCCUUUGGCAAUCUUGGCGGAACGACUACGUCCACAGCAGAUAAAGGCAAAGAGGCGGCUAAGGAACCUCCUAAGACUGGAGGGUUCAGUCUCGGCGGUACUUCAUCCACCACACCUGCACCUGCCCCUGCAACUGCGCCAACUACAUCGACCGACAAACCUGCCGAGCCACCUAAAUCGGGUGGUUUCAGCUUUGGUAAUGUUGGAGGAGCCAAACCUGCUGAGUCAAGCACAGCUGCUCCUGCUCCAGCCGCUACGACCGGUUCGAGUCUAUUUGGAGGUGCACCUAAACCUGCUGAAACUGCUUCUGCCGCUGCUGCUCCUGCUUCAGGCAGUUUGUUCGGUGCUAAACCUGCUGGUACACCCGCCGCCUCCACUUCUACCCCUGCUACCGCUGGAACUACUGCUACAUCUGCUCCCGCUACUUCGAGCGAACCUGCACCCAACCUUCUGAGAGGAAAGACCCUGGAGGAUAUUGUUGAUGGAUGGAAUAAGGAUCUGGAUGCGCAGGUCAAAGAAUUCGAGAAACAAGCUGGAGAAGUCAGGGAAUGGGAUAAAGUUUUGGUGAGGAAUGGCAAUCAGAUCACUGCACUACAUCGACAAGUGCUUGAAGCUCAGCAAAAUCAAUCCGCCGUGGAUCAAGCUCUGGAUUAUAUCGAAGCUCAGCAGAAACAACUCGAGAGUAUAAUGAGUGUAUAUGAAAAGGAGAUUAGUAAAUUGAGUAAUGAUAGUACGAGACCUUUGGCUGCUAAGCUGCCUGCUGACAGGGAGAGGGAGAAGUCGUAUACUCUAGCGGAAGAUUUGAACAAGCAGCUCGACGAUCUCUCUCGGAACCUCGGACAGAUGAUCGAAGAAGUCAACAAAUUAUCGACAUCAUCUUCUGGAACUUCGAAUUCAUUCGGUCUGGACGUUAAUGGAACUCCGUCUGCGACUGUCGUGGAUUCAACGAGUCAAUUACCUGAUGAUCCGAUUAACCAGUUAUCUGCGAUCUUAGGUGCGCACUUGAGAGCGUUGAAUAGUAUAGAUUCGAACGCUGGAAGGUUGGAGCAUAAAGUCGAGGAGUUAGAGGGUAGGAUGGGAGCUAGUGGGAAUCAUCUGGGUGAUAGGAGAGGAUGGGGUCUGGCUAGGCGAUAA